AUGGGGCGCAAAACACGAGAAAACUCUUGCUUGUUUUCUUGUAGUUACGACACAGAAAAUGGCAUAUCUGUGGCAGAGCAAGGCGCGCCGAAAUUUUCUGGGCCAAAUCAAAUCGAAUCCGUACGAGGUCAAUUUAGUUACACAGCACCAGACGGUACACCAAUUUUGGUUACUUACACUGCCGAUGAGAAUGGUUUCCAAGCUAACGGAGCUCAUUUACCAACGCCACCGCCAAUACCAGUGGCAAUACAACGCGCUCUGGCUCAUAAUGCAGCUCAUCCCGAAGAAGAGGAACCUUACAGAAGAUACUAAUAAACAAAUACGUUGUUCUAACUAGGGAAAACUCAUGCGAAAUAUAUCGCGACAGUGCAACAUAGAAAAUACAACGCCCUUGAAACCGAAAGCCACCGCCCUUGAUCGAUUA